GCGGCUUCACGACUUGGUGGUUCUUGCUGGUGGUCGGCCUGGUGUCCGCCGCCUCGACCAUGCCCGUCCUUCGCUUGCCGCAGCCUUUGACAUGGAGCACUUGCUACCCAUGCUCGUCCACAACCCGCUCCCGCCCGCUGCUUCUGCUCUCCAUCCUGCUGGCAGCUCGGCUGAGCCGUCCUCCUCCUCCUCCUCCUCCUCCUCGCUCGGUGCUGCAAAGGCGGAGCUAGCUUCCCAGCCGUCGACCCGCACAGUGGCUGGCAUGGUCGGCAACGAGCUCCGUGGUGCCCCGCAGAAGACCUCCCGCUCGCGCAAGUCCAACCACACCCUCCGCCCGCCGCAGUAUUUUACCGCAGCAGGUUCAGAUACGGCUCGCGCCCGCCGCCGCGCCUCGUGGGCGCCCGGAGUCACCGCAAAGUCGACCUUGUUUACCCCGCGCCCGCCGCCCGCUGCCAAACUUCCCGCCCGUCCAAAGCCAGCAAAGGCACCCGCGUCCGCCACGGCGCCGGACGACCAGCGCACCCUGCCACCGCUGGUGAAGCAAAUUGCUCCGGCCGCAAGCCGGACUUCCGGUGAUGACGUUAGCUCGUCGUCGCCUGUCGACAUGGACGUCGUACCGUCGGCAGCAGGCUCUCCGUCGUGCCCGGCUCCGGCUCCACAAGGCGGCAGCGUCGGUGGUGCGGCCCUCGGCAACAACGACGACAACGAGCAGCGCCCGGCCAAACGGAGCCGUGGCCUCGGCGCGCGUGUGACGUCAUCCGCGGGCAUCGGCCCGUUGUUUGAGACCUCGCCGUCGGGCCUUGUCGAGCACGUCAAGCUCCCGUGUCCGGUGGUGUGCUCAGCGCUGGCGGUCACGCCCGGGCAGGGAAGCUAUGUGGCCACUGGCUCGAACGCAGUCCGGGUGUAUGCAACGGCGGCGCUGAUGGCAACUCAUGCCGGUGGCGACGCGACGCCCGAACCGUUUGCGGUUGUCACGCCGGCCGCAGUCACCUUUGUCCGCACCCUCGCCUGGGCGCCCAACUCGGAGUGGUUGGCCAUUGGCGGCGAGGGCGCCGCCGAUGUCACCCUCUGGGCCCCGGCGCUGGCCUCGGGCUCUGGCGUCGAGCGCCCAUCGUCCACCCUCCUCCGCGGACACUCUGACGAUGUGUACUCAGCCGCUUGGGCACCCAACUCGCGGACCCUGCUCACGUCGUCCAAAGACGGCUCGGUUUGUGUCUGGCGGCCGCAGGCUGUGGAACAGACCGACGUCAACGACACGACUGGGCCGGUGGCCCAGUGGGCCGUCUCGACCGAGCUCGGCGCCGAGCCGGUAGCUGUCACCUCGGUCGACAUCUCGCCUGACGGCGCCUUUGCCGUCACCUCGACGGUGCGGCAAGCGCUGCAUGUCCACGACCUCUCGACCGGCCGCAUUGUCUCAUCGUUCACUGGUCACUCGGACACCGUCAACAAGGCUGCCUGGUCGCUCUCUGGCCGCUGCUUUAUGUCGUCGUCAGCCGACGGUACUGUCAAGAUCUGGGACGCCCGCGCCCCGGCCGCGCCCAUCGCGACCUGUGCCGGCCCAGCCGCUGGCGUCUUUUGCGCUCAGCUCACUGGCGCCACCGGCGUACUUGCCGGUGGCGCCGACGGCGGCGUCUACGCCUGGGACACGCGCACACCCUCCCGCCCGCUCGGCAUCCUCCGCACCUCGACUCGCGCCGCCGUCUUCUCCAUCGCCGCUGGCCCAGCCCUUGCGGAUUCGACCCCGCUCUCGUCGCCCUACACAAUGGCUCUCAUCACAGGCUCCAAUGACGAGUCGGCCCGCGUCUGGUCGCUCGACGUCGCCUCAGACAUGGCGGCCUUUCUCCCCACUCUCUAGUGUAUGCGCCGCCUCGUAUCUAAAUUGCAC